ACCUCUUCCCCCCGGGCCUCGCUUGGAAGCCUGGUUGUGCCUCUCUCGGUGUGUGUGUGUAUGCAUGCAUGCGUGUGCAGCGAUCCACGCGCGGGCAAGCAACCCUGAACGGCUGGCACCGAGGGGCUGGCUAGAAUGGAGCCGAUCGCAUGAAGGACUAUUCAGGCAUGCCUCCUCUUCGUCUUCUUCUUCGCGAGCAGCAGCCCACACCCUCUCUGCCUAAUCUCCGGGCAGCCUGGCUCUGCCCCAGCGCCACUCGACGCUUCUCGGCGCUGGAGGAAAGCGCAGGAAUUCCUGGCCCUGCGCUUCACUUGCCGCCGGCUCCGAGAGGAGGAGGAGGAAGAAGAAGAAGAGAUGGCCCCGGAGGCACGGAGCUCUUCCCCGCCUGCUUGUCCGCUUGCAGUUUUAAUUCCUCAAUGAAACUGCCCUGCUUGGACACUUCUGCCUAGAAGAGAGAGAUGGUGGGCAAACAUAGACAAGGCAUGCCAGAGAUCUAGUCCCCUCCCCCCUCCGAGAGGCAGACAGCCUGUCCCUCGGUACCAGGGGCAUCCAGCUGUGUUUCUAGAACUGACAGCCUUGGCAAUGGCCGGCCCCAGCAUCUGGAACAGCCUCAAGUCGGUCCUGAGGAAGAACAAUGAUUCCUUGUUCCUGAACGACUGCAACGCCUUUGAUUUUUCGGACGAGAUUGGUGAGGAAGACUUUCCCCGGUUCAAGAAACUUCAAGUGGUGGUUUCGGACGAUGCAGCCGACACCUCGGCCAAUGGGGCCUAUGUGGGACCUCACUCCGAUGACGAGUCCUUGCUGGACAGGGACAUAGCGUUGCGAAAUACUGCGGUUGGACCCACAACGGACCCUUGCAACAAUUGCACCCAGCAAAGGGAACGGCUAAAGCAAAAGAAGGUGAAGAGGCGGCUGGUUUUAGCGGCAAUUCUGUACCUUCUCUUUAUGACUGGCGAGCUUGUAGGUGGAUAUGUUGCCAACAGUCUAGCUGUCAUGACAGAUGCGCUUCACAUGUUAACAGAUCUCAGCAGCAUUAUUUUAACACUCCUCGCUUUGUGGCUCUCUGGAAAAGCACCCACAAAAAACUUCACCUUUGGAUUCCAUCGAUUAGAGGUUUUGUCCGCCGUCUUCAGUGUACUGUUGAUUUACAUCCUGAUGGUUUUCCUCUUAUACGAGGCUGUUCAGCGAACUAUCCACAUGGACUAUGAGAUUAAUGGAGAUGUAAUGCUUAUCACCGCAGCUGUUGGGGUUGCAGUAAACCUCAUAAUGGGUUUCCUGCUGAGCCAGUCUGGUCACCUCCACUCCCAUUCGCACACGCCUUCAUCGGUUCCUCCGCCCGGCUCUUCCGCUGCAUCCCCUGGGCACUCUCAUGGCCACAGCCACGGCAGCUUGGCUGUGAGAGCGGCCUUCGUCCACGCCCUGGGAGAUUUGGUCCAAAGUAUUGGCGUGCUGGUCGCUGCGUACAUCAUUCGAUUUAAGCCAGAAUACAAGAUUGCUGAUCCUAUAUGUACCUACGUAUUUUCAGUUCUUGUGGCUUUUACGACCUUUCGGAUCAUACGGGACACCGGAAUAAUUGUACUUGAAGGAGUUCCAAGACAUUUAAAUGUGGACCUUAUUAGAGAAGAGUUGAUGAAAAUCGAAGAUGUAUUUUCAGUGGAAAGCCUGUAUGUCUGGUCUCUAACGUCAGGAAAAACAAUUGCCAUUGUCCACCUACAAUUAGUUCCUGGUAGUUCACCCAAGUGGGAGGAGAUCCAAUCCAAGGCCAGACAAUUGCUGCUGACUACCUUUGGCGUCUAUCAAUGCUCCAUCCAGCUCCAAAGCUACAGGCGACAGGAGAACAAGCUCUGUGCAAAUUGUCAGAGUGCCUAAUUUUUCCAACCUUCGGGAAAACUCGCUGCCUUAUCCUUUUUAACCUUGCAGCCAAAGGGCCACAAGCAAUAAGCAUAAGAUACACAGGGCAGAGUGCUUUGAGCUCCGACCUGUAACAUCUGCAUUGAGUGCAAAUAUCCGCGAUUGGAACUGUGGGGGUCAGCUUCGGCACGGCUCUUUUCACGAAGACAAACUUCUGAUUCUUCUAUCACCGUUCAUUUCUGCUCGGGUUUUUUUCUCACCAAUGUAUUUCCAAGAAGUUGUUUACACACCCCUUGAUGGUUAGGCAGGUUCCUCCUCGCUUGAGCACAGCUUUCACAUUGCUGUUUUCUUAACUGUCCUGACUGACACUCCAGAAGGAGCAUCAGGAAAUUUAUGAACUUGAGUUUUCAACAGAAUUUAAACAAAAACAUGAUCAUGUUCACAAUUUGUAAAGUUAAUGAUCCCUGAAUUGGUUACCUUAAGUAUUUCCCCCCUUCCCCUUUUCCAUGUUUUUAAUUCCUUAUCUUAAUAUAUAUAUAUAUACUGCAGGGAUAACGGAACUUUUUUUUAAUAAGUUGUCUCUUAAUACAAACUUGAAUUGGUAUUGGCUUUUAUGUGUAACCAAUUUUUGGACAUUUAACUUUAAAUAGUACUUUCCGUGGUAGAAGGAUCUUAUCCAGGAUGGACCACCACUUGUUUAACUGAAAAUUUUGGGGCAGGACCCACCUGUGUUUGGGGAAAAAAAUGGAUCGACUUUCAUAAGCUUUGAUAUAGGUCCUGUAUUGUAGAAGUGUAUAUUUAAUUUCUUUGAGUCUAGGUGACUGAUUUUGAAAGCCUUCCUAUUAGUUGUCCUGAGUAUCUCAAGUAAAGUGUUGCCUGCUUCAGAAGGCUGUUUGAUUAACCUGAAUCUUAAUUCUACUAAAUAAAUGUGCUGUAGUAACUUCUUUGUGAUUGAUUUGCUUUGCUGAAAGAGAAAGGGCUUUUAGAAAACUCCGAAAAUCAAAUCGGUGGACAGAAGGGUAGAUAUAUUGAUGAGAAAAAGAAAUCAAACCUUUGCAAUUCCCAGAACUUAAAACGAUGAGAAUCUGGUUUUGGUUUUCAUCUUGAUGUAGCUUUCUGAUCAAUAUAUGCUUUUUCCACAAUGUCCAAGUGAAAUAUUUGUGGUGAUGAAAGAUGCAAUCGACAGGGGAGUUUUGUUGUUGGUGUGAAACUAGCCUUUGUAAUGUAUCUGUUGCAACAGAGGUGCAAAACCGGUGGAUGAGAUGUUCUGAAUCUUGAGCAUGAAGAAAAGAAAACUAGGAUAAGGAGAAAUUAACAAUAGGUGAGAUCUUGUGGUCAGAUCCUAGGCAUAUAAAACCUAGAUUAAAUGGAGGACAGAGAUAGACAACUUAUUUCCCCAAUGUUUGAACACCUCAUAAAUUUCUGUAGGAUCCAAUCUGGUUCAGUCACUUGGACCAGUCCUUUAGUCUUUCGGACUCUUGCUGAAAGUCCACCUUUAUUUUGGUGAGAGAGAAGUUCCUUGAGGAUGGGGUCCAGCAUAAGUCCAAAAGUUUGGGAGACAAAAUUUCUGGCUCCCAGUGACAGACCCAUAUUGGAUCCUGUAAUAUUAACCUGGAACCUGUACAUUUCCCUUCAUUCAUAAAUUUCUUGUCAAUGGCGUUGGGACUGAUGAAAUUGAAAACAUCUGGAAGGCACCUGCCUUUGAUGUGGGUAAAUGUCAUCACAAAAGAUAUUAAAAACUAGAUCUAAGUCGCAGUUUCUUUGCCUUUGUAUCUCUUUACUUCUUUUAAGGGACUAGAAACUAACAUUAAUAUUUUGAUGGUUACAUAGCAAAGUCCAUGGCUGAGAUGGGAUGCUUUGGAGUUUGGCUUUGAAAUCUGAGGCAACCAGCCAUAAAAAUAUGCAUUUUUAUAGUUUGCUGGAAAUGAA